GCAUAAUGCACCCCAUAAUACAAGAUACAACUAGCUAAACAGCUAUAAAAUGCCCAAAUUUGGGUCUACAAAAACAGUUCACGUUGAAAAUUCUGACAGUGAUAGCACCAUGGUGGAGAAACAAACUGCAAGAAAGAGCAAGGACAAGAUUGCAUCCUACAGCAAAACUCCAAAAGUCGACAGGAGUAAUGUGGGCAAGGAGAUGAAAGAAAAGUCUUCUAUGAAACGUAAACUUCCUUUCACUAUUAGUCCAUCCAGAAAUGAAGAUCGCAAUUCAGACGCAGAAAAAGAAGUUCCRGAAAAAAAGAAAAUGAAGAAGGAUGCAGGAAAUAAGAAAUCCACACCAGUCAGCAUUCUUUUUGGUUAUCCCUUGUCGGAGCGCAAACAGAUGGCACUUCUCAUGCAGAUGACAGCAAGAGACAACAGCCCAGAUUCCAACCUAACCUUGCAAACAACACCAGCACAGAAGAAAACCACGAGCUCUUCCUCAAGGCAAAAAGACAAAGUUAACAAGAGAAAUGAGCGAGGGGAGACUCCUCUUCACAUGGCAGCCAUCCGAGGGGAUGUUAAACAGGUUAAGGAGCUCAUCAGCAUGGGUGCAAAUGUGAACGUAAAAGACUUUGCAGGUUGGACCCCUCUCCAUGAAGCUUGUAAUGUUGGCUACUACGAUGUAGCUAAAGUGCUGAUAGCAGCAGGAGCAGACGUGAACACUCAGGGCCUGGAUGACGAUACACCGCUCCAUGAUUCCGCCAGCAGUGGCCAUCGGAAUAUUGUGAAAUUGCUUCUUCGACAUGGUGGAAACCCAUUUCAAGCCAACAAGCACGGGGAGAGACCGGUUGACGUAGCUGAAACAGAAGAGCUGGAAAUGCUGUUGAAAAGGGAGGUGCCUCUUUCUGAUGAUGAGGACAGUUGCUCAGAUUCAGAAGAGCCUCCWUUUGUAAACCCUUCUAGUGUGGAAGGCAAUGUUGAUUCAGAAGCAGAGAAGGACCCUGCGGCCAAUGACAGCAAACAAAUAGUCCCUAAUAAGGCACCACCUCCAGCUGCUGUUGAUGAGUAUGAGUUUAAAGAUGACGAUGACGAUGAAGUGAAAAAAAUGAUUGACAACAGACAUAUUCUUAGAAAAGACUUAAGGAAAGAAGAUGAGACUGAAACAGAAAAGAACAGCUUAUUUGGGAAACAAGAAAAGGUUGCGUUUUCCAAAUCCCUUAAAAACAAAAAGCAGAAAUCGUCUAGAGUUUUGUAUUCAAGUUCUGAAAGUUCAGAUGAAGACGUACUUCAAGACAAAAAGAUUGUCUCCUCCUGUUCUAUUUCAGAGACCUUACAUUCUGAUGUAAGAGUGAAGAAAGAACAUGUAGGUACAAACGAACACAAGCAAAAAGGCAAAGUUAAAAGGAAACUAAAAAAUCAGAGCAAAAACAAAGAGAAUCAAGAACUAAAGCAAGAAAAAGAAAACACUAGAGUCACAAAUGUAACUACGUCAGGGUUAGAUUCCUUAGAAAAAAGUAGAGAGGAAGAAACUUUUAAGAAAUCUUUCAGCCCAAACGAAGAUUCUUCUAUACAUCUGUUUCAUAUCACUGCUGGCAAAUCUCCUAAACAUCCUUGUGGGUUAAGUGAAAAGCAGUCAACACCACUAAAGCAAGAAAACACUAAAACUUGCUCAUCGCCAGGAGGCUCAGAAAUAACAUUGCAAUCUGAAUUGGUUCGGUAUGAUCACAACACUGAUUCUGAAUAUCUCCUAGAAAGUUCUAGUGGCAAAUCUUGCAAGCACAAGGAAAAAAGCAAGCAUCAUCAGAAAGAUUUUCACUUAGAAUUUGGUGAAAAAUCAAGUCCUAAAAUCAGAGAGGAUGAUAACAGCCCAACAUUUGAGAAUUCUGAGUAUACUCUGAAAAAGACAGACAAAGAAGGUAAAACACUGAAAAAGCAUAAAUUAAAACACAGAGAAAGAGACAAGGAGAAGCAUAAAAAGGAGCAUGAUGUGGAAAAGGAAAAACAUAAACACAAAGAUAAUGUGAAAGACGUCCAAAGAAGUAUCGAGUUUGACAGAGAAUUUUGGAAAGAGAACUUUUUCAAGAGUGAUGAGACCGAAGAUGCAUUGUUAAAUGUAGACCAUGAAUCUCUCUCUUCAGACAGAAAAUCAAAGUUCGAAAAAGCUGUGAUGAAAGAAGAUAAAUUAGGUAAGCCGUUCCAGAAAGAGAGAAACAUGAAGGAGGAGAGAGAAAAAAACAAAAAGGAGAAAGAGAAGCUUCUCAAGGAUGAAAAAACAAAAGAAGAAAAAGAAAUCAUGUUUGCAGACAAAGAAAUGGAAUUGUUUUGCUUUGGUGUUAAAGAUGAGGCAGCUAGCAUGCAUUCAACAGAAAAAGAAACAGAAACUGAAAAGCACGAAAAAUGCUUAAAGGAAAACAAAGACAAGACUGAAAAACGAAUCUCAGUCAAAGAAAAAGAUGCUGAAAAAGUAGAAAGACAAAAUGCAGAAAAAGAGAAAAAGGCAAAACAUGAAUACAAGUCAGAGAAAGAAAAAGCAGAACUAAAUGACAGUACAGAGAAAAUAAAGGAAAAACCCAAUUUCCAGCAAGCAGAAAGAUCCCAUAAAGAAAAUGAUAAAAUAAAAAGCACUGGUACUUUUAAAAAGCUUGAUGACAAAGAAAGAAAUAAAGAGAAGUUUGAUAAAAAGUAUGAAAAAGAAAAGGUUGAUAAAGACAGACAUUUGACUGAAAGUAAAGAAAAACACUGUAUUGAAAGAAAAGUCAAACAGACCGAAAAAGAAUCYGAAUAUAGUAAAGCUGAAAAAAAUAGAGCUAAAGACAAAGAAAAGGAACUUGAAAAAAAGGACAAAUCUAAAGAUAAAGAGGGCUUAACAGUAGCAAACUCGAAACAUGUGCAAGAAGAAAGGAGAUGCAGUAUUACAGAAAGCAAUAAAACAGUGCAUGACAAACUGUCAUCUUUGAAAGAAAAACCUAAGGAUGACUURUUGAAAACUCCAGAUGGUAGAGAAAAAGAUAAAAAAGAUAAAGAUAUAGACCGAUACAAAGAAAGAGAUAAGCAUAAAGAUAAGCUGCAUCACACKAGCUUGCUUAAACUAAAACUUGAACACGAGAAACUUAAGCCGAAGCCAUCUCCUGCACCAAAGGAUGCUCGACCGAAAGAAAAAAGGUUAGUCAAUGAUGACUUAAUGCAAACUAGCUUCGAAAGAAUGCUAAGUCUUAAAGAUUUGGAAAUUGAGCAGUGGCAUAGGAAACAUAAAGARAAAAUAAAACAGAAAGAGAAGGAGCGGCUCAGGAAUCGCACGUGCUUUGAACUGAACAAGAUGAAAGAAAAAGCCAGGCACUCAUUAACAGAAGUAAAGAACAAAGAGCUGGUUCGUUCAAAAAGCUCCGAGUUGGCCGAUGUUUGCAUGAAGGAGAAACAGCAGAAGGAAGCUACCAGCAGCAGAUCACUGUCAGUGGAUACAAAACCUGUAAAUGUAAAAACAUCACUGGUUUUAGAUAAUAUAAAUAGGUCUCCAAAAUCUGAAACUGAGAAGACAGGUCUGAGCUCCAGGUCAGUAUCUAUGGUUUCAGUUGCAAGCUCUGAGGAUUCUUGCCAUACCACAGUAACUACUCCAAGGCCUGUAAUGGAGUACGAUUCAGACUUCAUGCUAGAAAGCUCUGACUCCCAAAUGUCUUUCUCCCAGUCACCGUUUUUGGCGAGGGCCAAAUCACCCGCCCUUCUGGAAAGGGAGCCCGAUAGCGGCGCUGAGCUGACGGAUCGCAUGAAGCCCCCUUUCACAAGCAGGCUUCCCCCAGGCUAUGCUAGAUCAGCAUCUGUCGAAGAUGUUAAGCUGGUGUUGAGCGAGGGCAGGCCCGUGGUGGAGGUGCGGCGGUGCAGCCUGCCUGCUGCUGUUCCUGAGCAGAGCAGACAGGCUCGGGGAGCAGAAGAAAACCCUCAGAGCGCCCUCCCGUCGCUUCCGAGUUACGCCUGUGCUUCUCCAAAGCCAGAGCUGCCAGGUAGCCAGAGCUACGGGCUCGAAAGGGACUUUCCCAGUAGCAUGUCUGCUCUGCAGUCAAGCUUGACAUCAUCUCCAGCUGGAGCUGCWAGCAGCAACAAGCAGGUAACAGCAGGUACCAGCACUGUUAGAAAUACCGCUCAGGCGAGCCCCUCGGAAGAAUUUAAUGUGCAUUUGGAGCCUUGUAGUCAUGGGGGAAUGAUUCAACAGACCAAACUGUGGGAUGUGCCUUUUGACAACAGACUUAAUUCAUUGAACAACGAGUUUAACAGCUCAGGUUAUGCUGUAUCRGAGCAAGAUGCUAAUAAUGUUGUAGCAAUGCAUAACUCUGAAAAUAGGACUUUAAAAGAGCAAAGAUUACCUGAAUUUUUGCCUCAGCAUGCUGAAAUCAAGGGAAACUUCAGUUUCCAGGAAUCUGUAUCAUAUUUGCCUUCUCAGUCKCCUUGUUUGUUACCUAUCCAGCCACUCUCAGAUAUAUCUAAGCACAUUUCUUUACCAGGCACUAGCAGUCAAGAUUCGUUAUUCAUGCAGCAACAAAGUCUAGUUCCGAUGUCAGCUGUUACGUUGGAUACAGAUGUUGGUAGUACCAGAGAGAUAGAAAAUGCUUUCUUCCCUUCAAACGUGAAGAAGGCUGAUGCCCCCGUUGCUGUAUAUUCUGAGAGCUCUCCUCAGGAUAGUUCCCAGAGCUACGAAAGGGCGAGUGAUUUGCGGACAGUGCUGAUAGAAAAAGAUGCUGCUGAGGGUGAGCCCAGUUCUCAUGUAAGUGCAAAUGUGUAUGCAUUCAAUAGGCUCGUUUGCAGGAAUGCUCAAAUGGAGAUGGUUAGUAGCACGGUGGAUGCUACAGACACCAGAAAUGACAAGAGCCAGCAGGCAAACUUGGUUUCGGUGCAUCUGGUUAGUAAUAAAGCAGACACUGAUCCUGGAGAAGUGAGUUUGGGGAUGUCAAAGGAAAUGAUGAGAGAAUCAGCUCAUAAAAAACCCUGCGCUGCAGAGAGAGAAAACCUCUUGACAGAUGAUCCACCACAGUACUCCUUAGCUAAUUUGGAAGGUAGUUCACAACAGGUUAUGCCGGAAGAGGUGCAUAAAUACAGCCAAAUAGUUAAACUGGAAGGAGAAGAAAUUGCUGAGGACCAGAAAGCAGAAGAGCAGGAAGUACCUCAAAGAAUCACAAGAAACAGAGCGAACCUGCUUGCUAACCAAGGUAAGCAGAAUCCUGUGGGCUGCACACUGACGUCAGAGAAAGAGUCCGAAUCAGCAGCAGCUAUGAAAGCAAGAAUUAGAUUAACUGAGGAAGAUGAUGCUCAGGUGCAUCACCCACGCAAAAGGAAAGUAUCCCGUGUGCCUCAGCCUGUGCAAGUGAACCCCUCUUUACUGCAAGCUAAGGAGAAGACACAGCAGUCUUUGGCAGCUCUUGUGGAUUCUCUGAAGCUCGAAGAGAUUCAGCCAUACAGCUCAGAGAGAGCCAAUCCGUAUUUUGAAUACCUACACAUAAGAAAAAAAAUAGAAGAGAAGCGUAAAUUGCUGUGCAGUGUUAUUCCUCAGGCACCUCAAUAUUAUGAUGAAUAUGUGACCUUCAAUGGAUCAUACCUGCUGGAUGGCAAUCCCUUGAGCAAGAUAUGCAUUCCCACUAUUACACCACCUCCCUCACUGUCAGACCCACUUAAGGAACUGUUUAAACAACAGGAGGUUGUAAGGAUGAAACUGCGUUUGCAGCACAGUAUCGAAAGGGAAAAGCUAAUCGUUUCUAACGAACAGGAGGUUCUCCGUGUUCAUUACCGAGCCGCAAGGACCCUCGCGAAUCAAACCCUACCGUUCAGUGCCUGCACUGUCCUGCUGGAUGCCGAGGUUUACAACGUGCCUCUGGAUGCCCAGGCUGAUGACAGUAAAACAUCAGUGAGGGAUCGAUUCAAUGCAAGACAAUUUAUGUCGUGGUUACAGGAUGUUGAUGAUAAGUUUGACAAAUUAAAGACAUGCCUUUUGAUGAGGCAGCAGCAUGAAGCAGCAGCUUUAAACGCGGUACAGAGACUGGAAUGGCAGCUUAAACUACAAGAACUUGACCCUGCUACAUACAAAUCUCUCAGCAUUUAUGAAAUUCAGGAGUUUUAUGUUCCUCUUGUUGAUGUUAAUGAUGACUUUGAGUUGACGCCAAUAUGACAACUGGCGUCAUCCGACUCUUCCAGUUGGACAACUAAAGACUGAUGUGCAGUGAUACACAGAUKUCCUUUCCUUUUAAGACAGAGCACUUAAUUUUGUGGAAUGUGACCUUUUUCAGUAAUUCAGAUUUUUUUUCAGAACGAUGUUAAACAGCCUUUUGUUCAAAUACAGAAGUUGGAGGCUAAUUUUAGAAAUCAGUUCCCCGGUUAAUACUGUUACCUGUAUUUUAAAAGUUGCCUAUAGCUUGAGGGCUUAUUGCUUAAAAAAAAAAAAUUAAAAAAAAAGACAAAACAAACGGUGAGUUAACAGCGCUGGAAGCUGUUAAUA